AUCGCCGAUCGAUCGGACGCGGUCAGUCACUAACCCCCAAGUUUCGCCCUCGGAUCGAUCAGGCCGGAGGAAACCAAGACGCGCACCGCCACCGCGUUGUUGUCGUCCGGCUAGCCGGGCCAUGGCGAACAGCCUCCUCCCCGUCGUGGCGCUCCUCGCGCUGCUCUUCGGCGCGUCGCGCGCCGCCGACUUCGAGGUCGGCGGGGACGCCGGGUGGGUCGUGCCGGCGGCCGGCGACUCCGGCGCGUACAACGACUGGGCGUCCAAGAACCGCUUCCUCGUCGGCGACAGCGUCCAUUUCAAGUACAAGGCGGACUCGGUGAUGGAGGUGACGCAGGAGGAGUACGACAAGUGCGGGUCGACGCACCCCAUCUUCUUCUCCAACAACGGCGACACCGAGGUGCGCCUGGACCGCCCGGGCCCCUUCUACUUCAUCAGCGGCGUCACGGGCCACUGCGAGCGCGGCCAGAAGAUGGUCGUCAAGGUCAUCGGCCAGAACGAGCCCCCGCCGGCGCCGCCCGCGCCCCCAAGCGGCGCCGCGCCAGCCGGCAUCGGAUCCGCCGGCGCCGUGGCGGCCCUUUUGCCUGCUCUCAUUGUGCUCGGUGUCUGAUCCCGGACAUCUAUACAAUGUUUUUUGCACUAAUCUGAGCACCCCUCAAAGAGAAAAAAGAUAAUCUGAGCGUGCUUAUGUAGCCCAUUCUUUUUCGUUGUGGUAUUUAAGAUGUUAUAAUUAACUUGUUGAUCGGCUUUCCACCAUUCCAUGUUCCCCUAAACGUUCUCCUUCCAUAAUGCAGCCGUAUAUAUAUCUGCUCUUUCUCGAGGGGAGGCAAACUUUGCUCUAACUUCUAUAAUACUCCCUCCGUUCACUUUUGUAAGUCAUUUCAGACAACUCAAAGUAGACUGUUUUAUACA